AUGAGCACCACGUCGACCAUCUCCGAAGCAGCGGCUGCUGCCCGCAACGCAGCCAAAGAUGCACCUCAAGCAAUGAAGGCAGCAGCCGAGAACCCUAGGAAGGCUACCGCGGACUUCCUGCACACACCAUUCGUGCGCGCCGCCUUGCCAUUCGUCAACGGCGGUAUUGCUGGCAUGGUUGCUACGAGUGUCAUUCAACCGAUUGACAUGAUCAAAGUACGCCUCCAACUCGCUGGCGAGGGUGUCAAGACUGGACCCAAGCCCACACCUCUCUCAGUGACUCGCGAUAUCAUCGCCAGUGGCAAGGCUCGUGAUCUAUACACCGGACUCAGUGCAGGCCUUCUUAGACAGGCCGUCUACACGACAGCUCGUCUUGGCUUCUUCGACACAUUCAUGGCCACCUUGACCAAGAGAGCCAAAGACCAGGGCAAAGGAAUUGGCUUCGCCGAACGUGCAGUAGCUGGUCUCUCGGCUGGUGGACUGGCAGCCAUGGUCGGAAACCCUGCAGAUCUUGCGCUCAUUCGCAUGCAGAGCGAUGGCUUGAAGCCUGCUGCCCAGCGUGCAAACUACAAGUCAGUCUUCGAUGCCCUGACUCGCAUCUCUCAAAAAGAAGGUGUUGCUGCUCUCUGGUCGGGUGCUGGACCAACCGUGGUCCGAGCCAUGGCUCUCAACUUCGGACAACUUGCCUUCUUCUCGGAAGCGAAGAACCAACUCAAGGACACAUCUUUGUCGCCUCGCACUCAGACCCUGACAGCGUCAGCGGCCGCAGGAUUCUUUGCAUCCUUCUUCAGUCUGCCGUUCGACUUCGUCAAGACCAGACUUCAGAAGCAGACCAAGGGACCCAACGGCGAAGUGCAGUACAAGGGCAUGUUUGACUGCUUCAAGAAGGUCGCAGCCGAGGAAGGCCCAUUGAGAUUCUACAGAGGAUUCUCGACCUACUACGUGCGCAUCGCACCUCACGCGUAA